AGGGCGCUGGGCGCCGUGUGGUGGCAGUCGGCGGCGACGUGGGGGUGUGGGUCCGGCUGUGCGGCGUUGGUGGUAUAGUGGUGCUGCCUUCCAAGCAGUUGACCCGGGUUCGAUUCCUGGCCAACGUAGCGUGCCCAACUUUUGCCAAGGUCCUCACCCAGGACGCGCCGACCGGGACCCUGCGUGGAGCCGCGGAGCUUGGGCCCAGGCUCUACUAGGCGGGGAAGAUCGGAAAGCGCCAGACCUUUUCAGUUCAUCUCCUAGACCUCAUCAGACUCUGACCCAGUUCUUGAAUGACUUUGGAGACCCAGAUGUUUCAGAAUGCACAUUCUGGAAGCCAAUGGCUACUCCCACCACUGACAAUGUUGCUGCUGUUUGCUUUUGCAGACAGGCAGACGGGAGAUCUUCUGAAGGCUGUGGUGAAACGUGAUCCCCCAUGGAUCCAGGUGCUCAAGGACGACACUGUGACGCUGACGUGCGAAGGGACCCACAAUCCUGGAAACUCUUCUACCCAGUGGUUCCACAACCAGAGCUCCACCUGGGGCCAGGUCCAAGCCAGCUACACGUUUAAGGCCACAGUCAAUGACAGUGGAGAAUACCGGUGCCGAAUGGCGCACACCAGCCUCAGCGACCCCGUACAUCUGGAAGUGAUUUCUGAUUCAGAGGAGAACAGAGAAUUUAAAAAGAUCUUAUUGAAAAAACCAGGUAUGGUGACAUGAACCUUUAAUCCCAGCAUUUGGGAGGCAGAAGCAGGUGGAGCUCUGGGAGUUGGAGUCCAGCCUGGCCUGCAGGGUGAGUAGGAUACCAGGGCUACUAUAACAAGACCUGACACAUCUCAACCAAACCAAGCCAAACCAAACCAGACCAAACCAAACCAGACCAGACCAAACCAGACCAGACCAAACCAGACCAGACCAAACCAAACCAAACCACCAAACAAAGAGCUCUUACCAGGCUUACAGGACAUGAUAGCUCACACCUGUAUGUAAUAUUGACUGAGACAGGAAGCAUGCUGGCAGCCAUGGUUAUGUAAUGACUUCUUGGUCAGCCUGUGCUUCAAUGUCACAAACUUCUACACUCCCCAAAAAGGUCAGACACUUCCGUUUUUUUUGUUGGUGGAAGAUUCCACUCAGGGUGUGCUGUGCUCUCAAAUGCUUAUGUUCCAAGGUUGAGAUGUUGCAAUCUUACCACCAAGGCAUGGUAUUAGGGGGUGGUCCUGGGAGGAGGUAACUAGGUUAGGAGAGUGGAGUCUGUAUGAGGAAGACCUACAAAAGUUCUGUAGGAAUGACAAUAAAGCUCACUUCUAUAAACUAGGAAGUGAGCUCUCAUUAGAGGUAACAUUUCUGGCCUCUGGCUUUGGAUUUAUUUGAGAAGUGUGCAUUGUUUAUAAUGUCACCGAGGUCCUGUUUUGAACAUUUGUUUAUUAGGUUGAGAGUACCAUGGAGCCCAGGUUCGAGGAUAACCUUGAACUCUGCUCCUUCUGCUCUACCUGCCACAUCCUGGGAUUACAGACAGGCUCUACCACAUCUGGCUUAGGUGCUUAGUUUAUGGUACUUUGUCAAGGAAGCCGGAGCAGACUAGGAUAGAGAACCUGGCCUGAUUCAGGCUCUACUCAAUCAAAUACAGUUAAGGACUACUUACCUCACUUUCUAAGAGUUGUUAAAAAAAAUCAUAUCAUUAAACUAGUAAUCCCAGACCAUAAACACUUAUUCUAAUAAUAAACCAAAAGUUCUAUUCUACAACACCUAUAGUUACUGAAAUUAAUGUAUGUCCUACAUUAAGUAUAGUGUUUUAAAUCCAUAAAACUGUUUUGAAAUUGUUUUUAAGACCUCAUAAAUGUAAUGGAAUGUUUUUUCUGUGUGAGUCACGUGGACCUGUGGGAUAGGCUGCUGCACAGGCUCUGGGUUUUUGUCGUUGUUGUUGUUGCUGCUGCUGUUGUUGUUGUUCAUAUGGGCCAGGCUUGCUAUAUAGCUGAGGAUGACCUUGCAUUUCUGAUUGUUCUGCCUCCACCUCUGAGGUGUUGUGAUUUUACAACAUUACCUGUCCCUACCGAUUAAACUCAGGCCCUCAUGUCUGCAUUCUGCUGAGAGACGUUCUGAUGAGAGAUUCUCCAGCACUUUGGUGUCUUUUUGUUUGUGUGUUGGAUUUUUUUUUUUCCGGAGUUGGGGACCGAACCCAGGGCCUUGCGCUUGCUGGGCAAGCACUCUACCACUGAGCUAAAUCCCCAACCCCAUUUGUCUUUUUUAUUUCUUUCUUUCUUUCUUUCUUUCUUUCUUUCUUUCUUUCUUUUUUUUUUUGGGGGGACAGUUUCUCUAUGUAGCCCCAACCAGGGUGGCCUCGAACUCGAAGAGUCUCUAGAGUUUGGGUAAUAAAGUCGUGUGACACCAUCGCCCAGCUACCCCUUUGUAUCUUACU